GGAGGAAAAACUGAAUGCACGUGUCCCCACCCACUCUUUUGACUUUGCUCCCUAAUUUUGUACACAGAUGUCCACAUUCAUUUUUAGCUCAACCUCACCUCUUUCUUUUUUACCCGUCAAAAUUCUGCAACCAAUUGUCUUCCUCUCAUUAAUUGCAUCCCAUUUUCCUCUUCUUACCAAAAUCAGAUUCUGAGUAUUUAUAAUUAAUACAUAAGCAUAUAUAUAAGUAAUUUUGUUUAUAAAGAACGGAAUUUCCAGUUACCAAUGAGGCUCCAACUCUUGACCUGAUUUAGCAGGUAAUACCUAGAGUUUGCCGGUGACACAGUGUUGUGGAUAUCAGUCAGAGAUAGUGGAUGCGAUGUGGUGCUGUUUUCUUAUCCAUUUACUCAAUACAUAUUGCCGCCGUUGCAAUCUUUCUAGAGCAGGAGAAGGAGAAGGAGGCUACAGGUACCAACUCUCACAUAAAAAGAAAAAAAAAAACAAAAUCAAAAAGAGACGUUGAAGUCAAAAGGGUACAACCAAUACGCAUCUGUCUCUCUUCUCUCUAAACAAAAUCUCUCCCGUUUCCCUAUCUCACAUCUCACAUCUCACAUCCCUCUUUUCUUCUUCCUCUUCUUUGGUUCACAGCAUUCUUUAUUUUCCUUUUUCUUUCUUCUCACUUCUCUCAACCAACCAAAAAAUUGAAACAAUUAAUGGUUGCCACCUAAAAUACUCAUUUCUUUCAUGGGUUCUUGAUUUUUUGUACCUUUCUUGCUCUCUUUCUCUUCAAUUUUAUCACUUUCUUUCUUUCUUUCUUUCUUUCUUUCUUUUGGCUUGAGCAUGGUUAUGGAUGUCCGAGAUUUUUGGGUGAUGGUUGUUAUUGUUGGGUUCUGCUUUCAAGCUCAUUUCUUUCAUUCUCAUUCUCAGAACCUAACAUGCAAUGAAAAUGAUAGAAGGGCGUUGCAAGCUUUCAUGAAUGGCUUGCAAUCAGCUAUUCAAGGCUGGGGUUCCUCUGAUUGCUGUAAUUGGCCUGGCAUCACCUGUGCCUCUUUUAGAGUUGCUAAGCUUCAGCUCCCAAAUCGAAGGCUCACCGGCAUCCUUGAAGAGUCCUUAGGUAACUUGGAUCAGCUCACAGCCCUUGAUUUGUCCAGUAAUUUCCUCAAAGACUCUCUCCCCUUCUCCUUGUUCCACUUGCCAAAACUGCAACUCCUCAACUUAAGUUUCAAUGACUUCACUGGCUCACUUCCCCUCUCCAUCAAUCUGCCCUCCAUCACCACUCUUGACAUUUCUUCCAAUAAUCUAAAUGGCUCGCUUCCUACCGCCAUCUGCCAGAACUCCACUCAAAUUAAAGCCAUUCGCUUGGCAGUUAACUACUUCUCCGGUGCUCUCUUACCUGACCUUGGGAAUUGCACCUCCUUAGAGCAUCUGUGUCUUGGCAUGAAUAAUCUUACUGGUGGUGUAAGUGAUGGUAUCUUUGAGCUUAAACAACUCAAGCUGUUGGGCCUUCAAGAUAACAAGCUUUCCGGGAAGCUCGGCCCUGGAAUUGGCCAACUCCUCGCCCUUGAAAGACUUGACAUUUCCUCCAAUUUCUUUUCAGGUAAUAUCCCGGAUGUUUUUGACAAGUUGCCCAGUUUUAAAUAUUUCUUAGGCCAUUCCAAUAAUUUUCUUGGUACAAUCCCCCUCUCCCUAGCUAAUUCUCCUUCACUCAUAUUGCUUAAUUUGAGGAAUAAUUCGUUGCAUGGUGAUAUCCUCCUUAAUUGUUCUGCAAUGACUAGUUUGGCCUCUCUUGAUUUGGGUUCUAAUAAGUUCAGAGGUCCUUUGCCUGAUAAUCUUCCUUCUUGUAAGAAUUUGAAGAAUAUUAAUCUUGCCCGAAACAAUUUCACUGGCCAAAUCCCAGAAACCUUCAAGAAUUUUCAGAGCCUGUCAUAUUUUUCCCUUUCAAAUUCAAGCAUCCAUAAUCUUUCCUCUGCCUUGCAAAUUUUUCAGCAAUGUAAGAACUUAACUACUUUGGUACUCAGCCUAAAUUUCCGUGGUGAAGAAUUGCCUGCACUUCCCUCUCUCCAUUUUGCCAACUUGAAGGUACUUGUUAUUGCAAGUUGUAGACUCACAGGAUCAAUCCCUCCGUGGUUAAGAGAUAGCACCAAUUUGCAGUUGUUAGAUUUGUCGUGGAACCAUUUGGAUGGAACUAUUCCACUAUGGUUUAGUGAUUUUGUCAAUCUCUUUUAUUUGGACCUAUCAAAUAAUUCUUUUGUUGGAGAGAUCCCAAAAAACUUGACACAGUUACCAAGCCUCAUUAGCAGGAAUAUCUCACUGGUGGAGCCUUCUCCUGAUUUCCCUUUCUUCAUGAAAAGGAAUGAAAGUACUAGGGCUUUGCAGUAUAAUCAAGUUUGGAGCUUUCCACCAACACUGGACCUGAGUCAUAACAACCUUACUGGACCCAUCUGGCCAGAGUUUGGGAAUCUCAAAAAGCUCCAUAUUUUGGACUUGAAGUAUAAUCAUUUAUCUGGACCAAUACCAACUGAAUUAUCAGAGAUGACUAGCUUGGAGAUGCUGGAUUUGUCCCACAAUAAUCUUUCAGGAGUCAUUCCUUCAUCCUUGGUACGUCUCAGCUUUCUGUCCAAGUUUAAUGUUGCCUACAAUCAGCUUAAUGGGAAAAUCCCUGUCGGAGGUCAGUUUUUGACCUUCCCUAACUCAAGCUUCGAAGGUAACAAUCUCUGUGGCGACCAUGGUGCUCCCCCUUGUGCAAAUAGUGACCAAGUUCCGCUUGAAGCACCCAAGAAAUCAAGAAGAAACAAAGAUAUUAUUAUUGGAAUGGUUGUUGGGAUUGUAUUUGGAACUUCCUUUCUUCUUGUCCUUAUGUUCAUGAUUGUGUUGCGAGCGCAUAGCCGGGGAGAAGUUGAUCCUGAAAAAGAGGGAGCAGACACGAAUGAUAAAGAUUUGGAAGAGCUUGGAUCAAAGUUGGUGGUUCUCUUCCAAAAUAAGGAAAAUUAUAAAGAGCUCUCACUGGAGGACCUUUUAAAAUCUACCAACAAUUUUGACCAAGCAAAUAUCAUUGGUUGUGGGGGUUUUGGUCUGGUUUAUAGAGCCACUCUCCCUGAUGGUAGGAAGGUCGCAAUCAAAAGGCUCUCCGGUGACUGUGGUCAGAUGGAGAGGGAAUUCCGGGCAGAAGUUGAAACCCUUUCAAGAGCUCAGCACCCAAAUCUUGUCCAUCUUCAAGGGUAUUGCAUGUUCAAAAGUGAUAGGCUGUUAAUAUACUCUUACAUGGAAAACAGCAGCUUGGAUUACUGGCUGCAUGAAAAGACUGAUGGGCCGACAUUACUCGAUUGGGUUACCAGGCUCCAAAUUGCUCAAGGGGCUGCAAGGGGGCUUGCAUAUCUGCACCAGUCAUGCGAGCCUCAUAUUCUUCACCGGGAUAUAAAGUCAAGUAACAUCCUUUUGAAUGAGAAUUUCGAAGCGCAUUUGGCAGAUUUUGGUCUUGCGAGGCUCAUACUACCUUAUGAUACUCAUGUGACAACUGAUCUUGUAGGGACAUUAGGCUAUAUCCCACCUGAGUAUGGUCAGGCCUCAGUUGCCACCUACAAAGGGGAUGUGUAUAGUUUUGGAGUUGUUCUGUUGGAGCUUCUUACUGGGAAAAGGCCUAUGGAUAUGUGCAAGCCAAAAGGAUCGCGAGAUUUGAUCUCUUGGGUGAUUCAGAUGAAGAAAGAGAACAGAGAAAGUGAGGUCUUUGAUCCCUUCAUUUAUGACAAGCAGAAUGAUAAGCAAUUAUUACAGGUUCUUGAUAUUGCUUGCCUUUGCUUGAGUGAAUUCCCAAAAGUGAGGCCUUCAACAAUGCAGCUGGUUUCUUGGCUUGACGGCAUUGACAACACCACCUAGCUUUCCAUUUGCUUCUGUAAAUAUAUUACUUCCAUACUUUGGCUCUUGAAGUUUGCUGCCUUCUUUAGGAUGCAGAGAAAGGGAACUGACCAAAGGACAGGAAGUAAGUUAUCUCAAAUGUUGUAAGUCCUUACAAUGAAUUUAGUUUUUUCUUCCAUUUAAGACAAAUUGUUACACCACAGCCAUGUACAAAUAAAUAAUAAUAAUAAAAUUCUAAGUUUUCUUUGCUUC